CCACAAGAAAAAGAUAGAAGACACAAACCUCAACCCUGAUCACAACUCACAACUAGAGAGAGCAGAGGAACUCACUCUCUCACAUUCUUCUCCCACUCCUCAAAUUUUGAAGCAGAGGAGUUUCCUAGCUACAUUUCUUCCUUCUUGUUCUUGGGUUUUGAUCACCCACCAAAUAUGGCUUCUCUAGUCUCCUCACCUUUCACCUUACCCCAAACAAAGCCAGACCAACUCUCCUCCUUCUCCAAAAAGCACUACUUCCUCCACUCCUUCCUCCCCAGAAAGACCAACCAAGCCUCCUCAAAGACAACACUCAAAGUAAAAUGCGCAAUGGGGAACGGCCUCUUCACCCAGACAACACAAGAAGUCCGUCGUAUAGUCCCUGAAAACAAGCAAAACCUCCCCACAGUCAAAGUCGUCUACGUCGUUCUCGAAGCCCAGUACCAGUCCUCCCUCACCGCCGCAGUCCAGUCCCUCAACGCCUCCAACAAACACGCCUCCUUCUCCGUCGUGGGUUACCUCGUCGAAGAGCUCCGAGACGACGACACGUACAAAACGUUCUGCCAGGACCUCCAAGACGCCAACGUCUUCAUCGGCUCGUUGAUCUUCGUGGAGGAGCUGGCUCUCAAAGUGAAACAAGCAGUCGAAAAAGAAAGAGAUAGAAUGGAUGCAGUGCUAGUCUUCCCUUCCAUGCCGGAAGUUAUGAGGCUCAACAAGCUCGGCUCGUUCAGCAUGUCGCAGCUGGGCCAAUCCAAAAGCCCGUUUUUUCAGCUCUUCAAGAGGAAGAAGCAAGGAGCUGGUUUUGCCGACAGUAUGUUGAAACUGGUUCGGACUUUGCCGAAAGUGCUCAAGUACUUGCCCAGUGACAAGGCUCAGGAUGCUAGGCUUUAUAUUUUGAGUCUUCAGUUUUGGCUUGGUGGGUCCCCUGAUAACUUGCAGAACUUCUUGAAGAUGAUUGCCGGGUCUUACAUUCCGGCGUUGAAAGGGGAAAAGAUUCCGUAUUCGGACCCGGUUUUGUUUUUGGACAGUGGGAUUUGGCAUCCUUUGGCGCCUUGUAUGUAUGACGAUGUGAAGGAGUAUUUGAACUGGUAUGGGACUAGGAAGGAUGCCAAUGAGAAGUUGAAGAGCCCCAGUGCGCCGAUUGUGGGGUUGAUUCUGCAGAGGAGCCACAUUGUGACUGGGGAUGAGAGUCAUUAUGUGGCUGUUAUUAUGGAGCUGGAGGCUAGAGGGGCUAAGGUGAUUCCGAUUUUCGCUGGGGGGCUUGAUUUUUCGGGGCCUGUGGAGAGGUUUUUGAUUGAUCCUGUGACCAAGAAGCCUUUUAUUCAUUCGGCUAUUUCGCUUACCGGGUUUGCUCUUGUUGGGGGGCCGGCUAGGCAGGACCAUCCGAGGGCUAUUGAGGCGCUGAUGAAGCUGGAUGUUCCCUACAUUGUUGCAUUGCCUUUGGUGUUCCAGACUACUGAGGAGUGGCUGAACAGCACUUUGGGGUUGCAUCCGAUUCAGGUGGCGUUGCAAGUGGCUCUUCCGGAGCUUGAUGGAGGCAUGGAGCCUAUUGUUUUUGCUGGCCGGGAUCCUAGAACUGGGAAAUCGCAUGCUCUUCACAAGAGGGUGGAACAGCUCUGCACCAGGGCAAUCAGAUGGGGUGAACUAAAAAGGAAGGCCAAGGCAGAGAAGAAGUUGGCGAUCACAGUGUUCAGUUUCCCUCCAGACAAAGGAAAUGUAGGAACAGCUGCUUAUCUAAAUGUUUUCUCCUCCAUCUUCUCAGUUCUGCAAGAAUUGAAAAGAGAUGGUUACUAUGUUGAGGGACUUCCAGAGACUUCAGACGCUUUGAUUGAAGAGGUAAUCCAUGACAAAGAGGCUCAGUUCAGCAGCCCAAAUCUGAACAUUGCUUACAAAAUGGGGGUUCGUGAAUAUCAAAGCUUGACUCCUUAUGCCGCUGCAUUGGAGGAGAACUGGGGAAAGCCUCCAGGGAACCUGAACUCUGAUGGAGAGAAUCUCUUGGUAUAUGGGAAACAGUAUGGCAAUGUCUUCAUCGGUGUACAGCCCACAUUUGGCUAUGAGGGUGAUCCGAUGAGGCUGCUGUUCUCCAAAUCAGCUAGCCCGCAUCAUGGUUUUGCUGCAUACUAUUCAUUUGUUGAAAAGAUCUUCCAAGCUGAUGCUGUACUGCAUUUUGGUACUCAUGGUUCACUAGAAUUCAUGCCUGGAAAACAGGUAGGGAUGAGUGAUGCAUGUUUCCCAGACAGUCUGAUUGGGAACAUUCCCAAUGUCUAUUAUUAUGCUGCCAACAAUCCAUCUGAAGCUACAAUAGCUAAGCGUCGGAGCUACGCCAACACCAUCAGCUAUUUGACACCACCUGCAGAAAAUGCUGGGCUUUACAAAGGCCUCAAGCAGUUGAGCGAGCUUAUCGCGUCCUAUCAGUCACUUAAAGACACCGGCCGUGGACAACAGAUUGUGAGUUCAAUAAUCAGCACUGCUAGGCAAUGCAAUCUUGAUAAGGAUGUAGACCUACCUGAUGAAGGCGUGGAAAUAUCUGCCAAAGAAAGAGAUCUUGUGGUCGGAAAGGUGUAUAACAAAAUCAUGGAGAUUGAGUCCCGCCUGCUGCCCUGUGGGCUUCAUGUCAUUGGUGAGCCUCCAACAGCCAUGGAAGCAGUUGCAACUCUGGUGAACAUUGCUGCACUGAACCGUCCAGAAGAGAAUAUUUUCUCACUCCCAGCUAUAUUGGCUGAGACAGUUGGAAGAGACAUAGAGGAUCUUUACAGACAAAGUGAUAAAGGGAUACUGAAGGAUGUGGAGCUUCUAAAGCAAAUAACAGACGCAUCAAGGGGAGCAGUUUCUUCAUUUGUGGAGUGUACAACAAAUGAGAAGGGUCAAGUAGUUGAUGUAAAGAAUAAGCUGACCUCAAUUCUUGGGUUUGGAAUCAAUGAGCCUUGGAUUCAGUACUUGUCAAACACAAAAUUUUACAGGGCAGACAGGGAGAAACUUAGAACAUUGUUUGAGUACUUGGGAGAAUGCUUGAAGCUGAUCGUGGCUGACAAUGAGAUAGGCAGCUUGAAACAAGCAUUGGAGGGUAAAUUUGUUGAGCCAGGACCUGGUGGUGACCCGAUCAGAAACCCGAAAGUGUUGCCAACAGGAAAGAAUAUUCACGCACUUGAUCCACAAUCUAUACCCACCACAGCAGCAAUGAACAGUGCAAAGGUUGUGGUGGAGAGGUUGAUAGAGAGGCAGAAGCUUGAUAAUGGAGGAAAGUACCCCGAGACGAUUGCACUUGUUUUGUGGGGUACAGACAAUAUCAAGACCUAUGGUGAGUCCUUGGCUCAGGUUUUGUGGAUGGUUGGUGUGAAUCCAGUUGCUGAUGGUCUUGGACGAGUCAACAAGGUAGAAGUAGUGCCUCUUGAAGAGCUUGGAAGACCCAGGAUUGAUGUUGUUGUUAACUGCUCAGGAGUCUUCAGAGACCUCUUUAUCAAUCAGAUGAAUUUGCUUGACCGAGCAGUGAAGAUGGUAGCUGAACUAGAUGAGCCACUUGAACAGAACUUUGUCAGGAAGCAUGCACUGGAGCAAGCAGAAACCCUUGGCAUUGGGGUUCGUGAAGCUGCAACCCGGAUCUUCUCCAAUGCUUCAGGCUCCUAUUCCUCUAAUAUAAAUCUUGCUGUGGAGAACUCCUCAUGGAAUGAUGAGAAGCAGCUGCAGGACAUGUAUCUGAGCAGGAAAUCAUUUGCUUUUGAUUGCGAUGCUCCAGGUGCAGGCAUGGCUGAGAACAGAAAAGUUUUUGAAAUGGCAUUGAGCACAGCUGAUGCAACAUUCCAAAACCUGGACUCAUCAGAAAUCUCACUUACUGAUGUGAGUCACUACUUUGAUUCAGAUCCAACCAAUCUUGUGCAAAACCUAAGGAAGGAUGGAAAGAAACCUAGUUCUUACAUUGCUGACACCACCACAGCUAACGCUCAGGUUCGUACACUCUCUGAGACCGUGCGUCUUGAUGCAAGGACCAAGUUGUUGAAUCCCAAGUGGUAUGAAGGAAUGUUGUCUAGUGGUUACGAGGGUGUUCGUGAGAUUGAGAAGAGACUCACUAAUACAGUCGGGUGGAGUGCAACUUCUGGGCAAGUUGACAACUUUGUGUAUGAAGAGGCCAACGCGACUUUCAUUAAAGAUGAGGAGAUGUUGAACAGGCUUAUGAAAACAAAUCCAAACUCCUUUAGGAAGCUGUUACAGACGUUCCUGGAGGCCAACGGACGUGGUUACUGGGACACUGAUGAGGAGAAUAUUGAAAGGUUGAAGGAGCUGUACUCAGAAGUUGAAGACAAAAUCGAGGGAAUUGAUCGAUGAACUCAAACUCAUUGUUGAGGAAACUGUACAUUAUUUUGCAAAUAUCAGUAACAUGAUCAUUUACUUGAGCUUCUAGGAAAUGUCUAAUGUGAAUUCUUUCCCAGUUCCCCCCUGUUAUUCAUUUGUGGGGAUAUGUAUCUGUACUUAUACUCUCAGACAUUUAAUCCUAUAAAUACAUGUAUUC